AUGCUCGGUCGAAUCGGAAAUGUCUCGAGUAGGCGGUUGAAAAUCCCCUUUUUCAAAUCUGGCAAAGGAAGCUCCCCCGCUGGCCAAGAAUCCUAUGACGGAACCUAUCCUGAUCCGAUGGUUUCAAAAGCCGACAAGGGAAAUGAAAAAGCCGAGCAUUUCUUGAACAAGCUGAUGCCUGCCAGAGCGAAAUCAGAGGACGGCGAAGUGACUCGUCCAACUUUUCACCGACCCCGUCGAAUCAGACGCAUGUUCAAGCGGGAUCCAGAACCACCAGAGCUUGCUGUAGCGCCAAAACCACAGACUACGCAUUUGGCCAACUUGUCAGAAAUGUGGGAUGCUAUUCAUGAAAUGGGCGAUCGAUACAGGUAUCCAGAAGAGUGGGAAGAUUACAUGGAGUAUGCAAUUGAAAAUGGAGUUGGCCUGAGCCCCGAAAAUCCGCACAUUAUCUACUCAGAGUCGGGAAAGGCCGUGACAAGUUGCGUAUGUGAUCCGGAGAUGCCCUUUGUUUUGUAUCACCAUAUCGAGGAAAAUGAUGGAGAACCAAUGUGUUGUCAAUGUGGCUAUUAUUUCAAGCUCGAACGAACGUUAGUUGCACCUGAAGGGCACACUCUAAUGAGCAUUCCCGACGAAGGUUGGUUUGAUCCUCGUCUCUACAGAGCUCACGAUCACACUUACAGAAGUCGACCGUCCGAUUUCAAGUCCCCAGCUAAAGACGUUUACAAGGAGGCUGGCUACGAGCUCCCUCUAAACUCUGGCCUGGCCAUUUACGAAAAAGCUAGAAUUCAAUACGAUGAGCAUCAGAAAAUGAUUACUGACGAUUCGGCUCCUAAGUUUGUUUUGGAUUACAGACAGAAACCGAAAGGCAUUAAAAACUAUUCGAUGAUGGAGAUGCGACAAUUAGAUGAUUCAAAUGAGUAUGAAACGCUUUUGCUUCCAGAGGACGAGGGAGAGGCUAAUAGAUUUUUGUUUGGAACCGAUGAUCCUGAAAUGCUUGCAGAAGCGAAGGAACAGCAUAAACUCGCUCUGAAGCAGGGUACAGAAGACCCCAAACUUAUCAAAGAAGCGGAAGAAGAACAAAAAGUUAUUGGAGACGCAAGUUCAAAAAGCUGA